AUGCCGAAGCGCAAGCGCGGGUACACGGCGGAGGAGGAGGCGAAGCGGCUGUUGAACCAGUGCAGCAAGCACGGCGACCUGCGCACGGCGCUGACGCUGUUCGACGCGCACGUGGCGGGCACGGGGCCCGCGUUCAAGACGUACGAGUUCAACAUCGCGCUCUACCUCUGCGCGCUCGUCGCCUCCUCGGGGGAGGUGGGCACCGUCCCGCGGGGGGGAAAGGGGAAGGAGGGGGGCAAGGGGAAGGAAGGGAAGAAUGGGGCAGGGGUAGGAUCAGGUGGGGAGGACAGCAGCGCUACGGGAAAGGGAGGAGGGGAAAGCGGGGAGAAGAAGUGGAGCAGGGAGGAGGCGAAGGCAGUGGCAGCGGCGCGCGGAAUGGACGUGUGGGCGGACAUGCAGCGGAGGGGCGUUCCGCUCAACGAGGCCACCUUCACCGCGCUCGCGCGCCUGGCCUCCGCGCGGGGCGACGCGCGCAUGGCGUUCCGCGUGGUGCGCGACAUGGCGGAGCAGGGUGUCCCCCCGCGCCACCGCUCGUACGACCCCGCACUGCUCGCCUUCUGCCGCCAGGGGGACCUGCGCGGCGCGGAGGAGGUUUUUCAACACAUGGCUGCCCGCGGGCUGGCCGCGCUGCCCGAACAGGUCGCCGCCCUGCUGGACGUGAGCGUGCGGGCGGGCAGCCCGGGCAGCGUGUACAAAAACAUUCACCGCAUGCGGAAAGUUGCGCGUGGGCUGCCCGACGACGUGAUUGGGACUUUGAGAGCGUGGUUUGAGUCUGAACGCGCGAGACAGGGGGGCGCGGAGAGCGAGGGGGGGAAGAGGGCGGAGGGGGCAGGGGAGGCGGGUAGCAAGGAGGCGGAGAGCGAGGGGGAGAGGGAGGCGCAGGGGGAAGGGGCAGAGGAAGGGCGGAAGGGGUGGACGCAGGAGGAGGCAAAGAGGGCAAUGGCAGUGAACGGGGGGGGAUGGCACGGGCUGGGGUGGGCCAUGGACAGGGGGGACGCCGCAGGGGCUGGCGCAGGGGAAACGCAGGGGGGUUCGUGGCAGGUGCAGGACGUGCGGGUGGACGAGGGGGGCACGUGCAGCGGGUGCAGCACGCGUCUCGCCACCAUCGACCUGGACGACGCCGAGACAGAGUGCUUUGCCCGUGCGGUGGAUGCACUGGUGGAGGCGAGGGGCAAGGCGCGUGAGCUGGCGGCGUUCAAGGCGUGGCUGGCACGGCACGGGCCGUUCCAUGCCGUGGUGGAUGCGGCAAACGUGGGGCUGUACAACCAGAACUUCGCCCAGGGGGGCUUUAACUUCUGGCAGCUCCACUCCAUCGCCAAGGCUGUCGCCGCCCUGGGGCCUGCAGGUUCGGGUGGAGGUUCAGAACCAGGUUCGGCGUCGGCGUCCCCGCGGCUGCCGCUGCUGGUGGUGCAUCACAAGAGGGUGAAGGGCGGGGCGGCAGCAGAGCCGUUUGCACAGCAGUGCCUGGCGCAGUAUGAGCAGCAGCACUGCCUCUUCACCACCCCCACUGGCGCCAAUGACGACUGGUACUGGCUGUACGCAGCGAUAUCAAUGCGCUGCCUGCUGGUGAGCAACGAUGAGAUGCGAGAUCACAUCUUCCAGACGCUCAGCGCUGACUACUUCUCGCGCUGGAAGGAGCGCCACCAGGUGCGGUUCACCAUGACACCGCGAGGCCCAGUGCUGCGCAUGCCACCCAACUUCUCCUUCGUCAUCCAGGCUGUCUCUCCUAACAUGCUCAUGGUUGGACUCACCAUCAUGCCACAUGCUGCAGCACUCAGUGUGUUGCCCCUCUGUAUCUCCCUCGGCCACCCCAUCCAAACCAACCUCCCCCAUCGACCCCACCCAAGCCGACAACCACCUUCCUCAUCAUCUCCCCCAUGUCCUCCUCAUCCUGACUUCUGCUUCCCCCUCGCCCCGUGCCACCCACAUGCGCGCUGCUGCCUUCCCCAGGAGUCAAGCGAUGGCGGCUGGCACUUCCCCAAGGCGCACCGCGCAGGGGGACAGGGGGAGAAGGUGGAUGGGGAGAAAUGGGAGAAGGGGGAGAAGUCGGUGGAGGGGGAAAUGAGAGUGGAGAUGCGGGGAGAAGGUGAGGGGGAAGAACGUGGGAAGGAAGAAAGUGAAGCGGAGGGGGCAAGCGGAGAGAGUGGAGGGGGGGUGUUUGACAAGUGGCUCAAAGAUCCCCCACCGCCAUUGCCUAGCCCCACUCCAAGCACGGUGCGUGUGUCUGUUGGCCCGCCGUCGGCUUCUUCCACUCCCAAGCGAGCGCGAAAUGGGAAGUGGGCGCAGAGUACUCUGGUCGUCGGAGGCCGCCGUAUUCCACCGCCUGACAAUGACAAGCCGGCAGAUCCUCCACCGAAAGAAGCUGAGCAACCGGAGGAAGUUGACAUCCCUGUGCGCGCGGAUACCGGCUUGCCCGCACUCACCAAGAUGCGGCUGCGAGAGCAGGUGUACUUUGAGGCGAGUAUUAACUACGAGACGAAGUGGUCGCAACACUUUUCCUGGCUGGUGUUUGGGAAGACCAAGGACGGUUUUCCAUACGUGAAGUGCUCCAUCUGCAUGUCGUACGCGAAGGGGAACACGAGGUACGCCAUGCAAGGUGACGACGGUGGCCGUGACUUGCAGACGCACUCGUUCAGGGCGCACGAGCAUACGGACGCACACAAGGCGGCGGUGGAUCGGCAGUUGAAGCUUGCGGCGGGCAUCCGCGAGGGCCAGCAGGCAAUUUUUUACUUCAUCAACUCCGACGUCGAGGGGCGGCGCGAGAUUCGUCUCAUGCGUGAGGCGUUGGCUGUGAAGGACGCCGCUGAGUCAAACGAGGACCUUGGCAGGGUCGACAAGGUGGUGCGCACAGUGGCGACGCUUCUCGGAAACUCAAGCGUGUGGAGUCAGCGCUUCAAGUACCUUCAGCGAGUGAUCUAUCAGACAAACCUCGAGGUCCAAGGAAUCCACACGGUUCGAUGGCUGUCACGAGGUGAUGCGGUGCGCAGGCUGUGCAAGGUCCUCGGCGCUUGCAUCGUGCUGCUCUGGGAGCACAACCACAAGGCCUACGAGAUUGUGACGUGCUACAAGUUCCAGUUCUGUUUGUUUUUCCUGGCCGACAUUCUGGCCGACAUGAACGACCUCAACCGCUGCUUCCAUAGGCGUGAGCUGGAUGUGACUGAGAUUUCGAAGACUAUUGAGUCCACCACGGGUGACCUGACGGAGCGCUACUUGACGACAAACAAACCGUUCGGGGGCGAGGGGAAGAGCUGGCUGGUAAACUUCCUCAAGGUCCACAAGGAGGGUGGAGGCAAGCAGGUCCGGGUUCGAGGCGUGGACGGAGAGGGACGCCCAAUCAACCACCUCUACACCAUGCAUGAGAGGAAGCUGAAGGGCCACAAGCAGGGAAGCACCUACGCAGACUGCGUGAAGCUGUGCCGCCAAUUUGCCCGCGACUGCGUGGACAACCUGAACGAACGGCUGGAUGACCUUGGGUAG